UUACUUUCUAGUAUCUGAGGAAUGCCAAAGGAAAAAUAUGAUCCGCCAGACCCACGGCGGAUGUACACAAUAAUGUCUUCUGAAGAAGCAGCCAAUGGAAAGAAAUCUAAUUGGGCAGAGUUAGAAAUCAGUGGAAAAGUAAAAAGUUUAAGCACUGCUUUGUGGUCACUUACGCACUUGACAGCAUUACAUCUCAGCGACAAUUCCCUUUCACGUAUACCGCCAGAUAUUGCCAAGCUUCACAAUCUGGUGUACUUAGACUUGUCAUCCAAUAAGAUCAGAAGUUUACCGGCAGAGCUCGGAAACAUGGUGUCACUCAGGGAAUUGCUUUUAAACAACAACCUGUUACGGGUUCUACCUUUUGAGCUGGGAAAACUGUUUCAGUUGCAAACACUGGGGUUGAAAGGUAAGAAAACAGAAAAUCAAACAGUACAAAAUAAAUUAAAAAACAUCUGUUUACACAAAUGUAUAUUUUUGUAUGUUAAUUUCUACUUCAGAUUUAACUUGGUCCAAAAACAUACUGUUGAAUUCAACCAACUGGCAAUGGCCAACUCGGAAGGUUCAGAACCCAUGUUAAACAGAGUCAUGACUAAGGACAACAUAGGUGUGGCUGUACUGUUGGAGCUACGGAAAGAGCUCAUGGAACUGUCUUCUGGGAAACCCCUCCAUGGAAUUGAACGGCAGCUGAUUCUAGUGGCCAAUGCUCAUAUGCAUUGGGAUCCAGAAUAUUCUGAUGUGAAAUUGGUCCAGACAAUGAUGUUCCUUUCUGAGGUGAAAAACAUUAUAGACAAGGCUUCUCGCAGUCUAAAACUAUCUUCAGUCUCUGGUGAAACUAAUGCCAUUCCACUUGUACUGUGUGCGGAUCUUAACUCCUUGCCAGAUUCUGGUGUUGUGGAGUACUUGACUACUGGGGGAGUAGAUAUAACACACAAAGAUUUUAAAGAGCUUCGGUACAGUGACUGUCUUACCAACUUCAACUGUAAUGGAAAGAACGGAACUUCCAAUGGAAGGAUUACUCAUGGUUUCAAGCUGAAGAGUGCCUAUGAGAAUGGCCUGAUGCCUUACACGAAUUACACUUUUGACUUUAAGGGUGUAAUCGACUAUAUUUUUUACUCCAAGCCUCAGCUUAAUGUACUGGGAAUUCUUGGGCCUCUGGACCACCACUGGCUUAUUGAGAACAAUAUCAGCGGUUGCCCUCAUCCACACAUACCUUCUGACCAUUUCUCUCUUUUUGCACAACUGGAGCUCGUACUACCCCAUCUGCCAUCAGUGAAUGGAGUCCACCUUCCUGGACGGAGGUAGUUGCUAACCACACGGAGAGUGGUCUCCCAUACGAACUAUAUUGUAAACUAGCUUGUAAAAUGAAAGUUAUACAAGAGUGAAGUAUGGCCAACAGGGAUUUAUUUUCUAAUUAACAGUUUUAAAGAGAUAUAAAAAUAAAAGUAAUAAGUCGUCUUUUCAGGCACAAUAUUUCCGUCUGAGCCCCUUCAUAUACUUGACAUUCUAAUAAACCGCUCCAAAAGUAGGUGGUGUUUUUACUUUUAAUGUCUUUGCACCUGCUGUUGGUCUCUUCCUGUCAUCCAUGUCCAUGCCAUCUAUCUAUGUGUAUUUGACAUGUGUGUGUAUGUGACAUAUAACUCAAUAUUCACAUGCACAUAUUUAUGUAGCACGAUUUUGAGGCUUGUACACCCAUUGUUAUUUUGUACUUCAAAAAUUUUUCAGAGAAUUGUUUGUAUGAACUAAUUUGGAUUUAGGCUUUAAAUGAUUGUAUAUGAACCACAAAAGACCCAGUUUAUGGCAUUUUUGUACUUUAAAGUGAAAAAAAUUAAAUCUGACUUGGGUGAAAAUGAUUGUAUUGUAAAUUAAGGCUAAAUUUUUUAAGAUUUAUUUCAUGUAUUAUUAAAUGAAAAACCAGCCUGUGAAAAGGAGUUACACCAGGUUUUCUCUGCUAAUAUUUGCACUGUUCUGGGUUACAUUCAUUUUAUGUACCACAGUUUUAUUUUGAGAACAUUGCUUUUAAAGAAAUUUUAAUUUCCAUGCAUACAGAUUUAUUCCAACCCAAAAUGACUCAUUUAACAUAAUGUGUCAAGGCAGCUUCUGUUGUGCUCUUAUUUGUGUAUUUUUAAACCUCUCCCUCCCUCCCUCACUCUUUUUAAAGGAUGGUGAAUGAUUUUGAAUGUCCUAAAUCGUGCUGCUUGUUCAUUUUUUUUAAUACCAUAUCCUUAUCCUGCCCAGGGUAAACAGAAAAUUUCAUAUUUUUUUUUCUUUUUCUGGGGUUAGUUUAUGAACAUGAACACAAUACACUGUAUAGUUUAAAAUGUGCAAUUUUAGCAGCACAGGAGGGAAACUGCAUAAUGUUUCAUUUCAUUCCUUUUAAAAGUGUGCCUCACUUGUUUUGUUCUCAAACAGCACUGCCUGUGCAAGCAGCAGAAACCUGUGUAACGUCUUUUCGUUUUAUUUUGUUUUGUUUUGUUUUUUUUUAAAAAAACAAAUGUUAACGUGUGACAAUUUUAUGAAGACUUUUUUGUAUAAGCUGUGGCAUUUGUUUCUUCUCAUGGAGUAUUAAAUACCAUAUUGGUCAGGUUGCAAACGGCAAAUGAAAUUUUAUACCAGCCGGACAUUGGCACUGCUUAUGUCUUUUUGCACAGUGCUUUGAUUGUUCACCAAGGAAUGCUCUUUCUUUAUCAUGUGAUAUAUUUUGUCGGAAUCAUUGUGUGCUGAACUUGUAAGAAAAAAAAAAUCAUUCCUUGGAGGAGCUUUUAAACUUUUUAAAGGUAGUGUUUAAGAAGACUAAAAUUUCAAUUUGCAUCCCCAUUCUGGUAAUCAAUAAAUUUUUGUGUUUUUGGGUGUUGGGAGUGGGGUGGGGUGGGGUGCUGAGUGGGCUUGGGAAUGGAGGUGACCAAACCAUGCAUUUCUGUUAAGCUAGACCAGUGCUGUGUUCAAUUUGUUACAUAGUGCCAUCUCCAUAUACUGUAAUAACAGAAGGCCAAGUAUCAGUUCUUUUAGCUUAGUUAACCUUCGCCUGAAUGGUUUUCUGAUUUUGAUGUUUGUGUGUUUUUUUUUUUUUUGUUUUUGUUUUUAACUAUUGCUAUUAUUAAAAGGCAGGGAGGCAUUGUCAAUGAGCUUUAAAUAUAUUGUGUCCUUUUGAGCCAGAUGUAAGCCUGGUCUAGCUUGUUUUGUUUCAUCUGCUGGCAGGGAAUCAAAUACAACAGGGUAUGGUGGUCUGUGAGAUCUUGGAAGCUGUAAAUUUAUGACAUACAAUAAAUAGACAUGGUGGCUGCACUGUAUUUUAAUGAAGAACAAUUGCUGAGCACUUAAUGUAGGUCUGUUGUGCAGCUGCAUUUUGAAAGCAAAUCUCACACGCUCCAUUAACUUUUUUUUCCCUAUGUUUAAAAAAAAAAAAGAGAGAGUUCCAAAUGUUGCAAUUAAUUUUAGAGAAGCAUUUUGAUGACCUGCAUUUUCCAUACCUUCCUUGUUUGUACAAAUGGCAAACAUGUCCAAUUUAUAAUUAGUACCUUGAAAUGCUGGUAGUAUUGUUGUAGAUUAAGUAAGUAGUUUAUUUUGUAAAGUGUGAAUAAAAAAAGUGUUUACUCAUGUUUCCUUUCAUAAACAUUGUGUUGUUUAAUGUGUAUCAUACAGUACAAUAGUAUUACGAUUGGUCAGAUUUUCCAUUGUUUUCACAGACUUAAGACCAAAUUCACAUUAUUUUUUUUUUUCCUGCAAUUGUUAGCAGACGAAACUAUAGCUUUGCAAUGCUGCUAACAGCAAAAAAUUGAAUCUUUUUAUUGGGGGGGGGGGGGUAAAUGAACAACCUUUUUUUAAUUUUUUUUUUUUUAUGACUUACUCACCAAACAUGAAAAUCUGAGUUUGAAAAUACUUCAGCUUUAUUGUGCAUUUUCUCACAUGUCUCAUCGCUCAGGCAGGUGAAGUCGGUAGGUAGGCAUUAGUUCCUGUUUUACUUAUUUCAGCAGAUGAGACUUUACUAGAAAUGAGCUUUCGCAAGUGGUAUUGAAAGCUAUGGCCAGAUAUGCACCAGUUCAAGGUGAUGGUUUGUCAGUUAAUGUCUGUAAGUUAUACUCUGAUCUCUAAUAGUCAAGUAAGUGGCAGUAGUCUCCUAUUUGCCUUUAAUCGUCACUGUGAUCAUACAUCGCAGUGCUGUAACUGAAACAGGUCUGAAGAGUAAAUAUCUUGGUAGUCUACAGAUUGUGGUUCAUCAUUCUUUUUUUUUGCGCUAAUGAAUGGACAGACGUGUAUAUAGUUUACAAUACCGAGUACAGUCUAACUUCACUUCUGAAAGGAAAGCGGUCACCGCAGUAGCAUUUUGAUGUCCACCUAAAUUAGUUAUGUCCGUUCUGGCCAUUAUCAUAAUGUGACACAAAUUGAAGAUUUUAAAGUAAUAUUUAUUAAGCCUUGUCCUUUAUUUAUUUGUUAUUGCUAUUUUUGCUAACACACCAGCCCAGAAGAGCUCAAUAAAUUUGGCAACAACUGUUACAUUUGUGAGAAUUUGGAAAUUGUUUGCAGUUUUGUUUUUUUUUUUUUUGUUUUGUAGGCUGUCCUUGAUAUUCCACUCCAGGUGUUUAGUUUUUUCUUGGACAUUUCUCAUCUACACUGCUUUGCUGUUUAAUUUUUAAUCUGCUUUAGGAUUUCGUGAACCUGAAACUUAUCACAACUUUGUUUGCAAAGUAGAGAGCGUAGUUAAAUGGUCAGGAUCCCAUCUCUUUAGCCAGCUGACAAGUACAUGUAUAAGGUAUAUAUGUUCCACUAUGUAAUGCACUGGACCAACUCUUGUUUACCAUUCAUGGAAAACCAGCAAAAUCCUUGCACAAAAUUUAAAGGAAUGUUAUAUCUAUAUUAGAAAUAAAAAUGGCAGCUGUUUUUAAAGUUAAAUAUUAGGAACUUUAAUGGGCCUAAUGGUAAACAAGGGAUUUUCAAUUUACUGUUAUCUUUAACAGUGUUCUUGGUUAUCUUUAAACUAGUUUUAUGUUUAUAUACAGGGUCAGCUUGUUUCCUUUACACCUAUGUAUUUUCCUACUACUGGUUGAACAAUAAAUUCUAUUAUCUGUUUCA